AUGCAGGAACAGGGUCCAGAUUUUAGAUCUCGUAUGUCAGCUUUCGUUAUCGCCGAAGCCUUGCUGAAACUCUACCAGAAGAAGAAGCUGUUCCCCUCCGGCAUGGAGUCCUCCAACCCUUUGGCCCAGAAAUGGGCGAUCAAGGAUCUCUCAGAUGGUGGAGAGUCCCAGGAAUCCUCGUCGUCCUCGGGUGCCUUGGAGGACCUCAUGAAGCUGACCCAGCAGAAGCCGGUUGAGGCCGAAACCAAGGUUUCGCAGGAUCGUUUGAAGUUCAUGAAGGAGAAGAAGGCCGAGGGUUACAGUAUGGAAAAAAUCAAUCGUGCUUGGAUCAAGAAGCUGAGGGAUGAGGAGGAUAAUGAAGCAGUUCAGGAUGAGCCGUUCUACCCUUCCUCCCAGUACAAGCCGAAGAAGAAGAAGGGCUCGAAGAAGGAUGCUCGCAAUGCUUUUAUGCAGAAGAAGAGGGCCAAAGGUUUCACGCACCUCGAGGCCUGUAAGGCAUGGAUGCUGUCCAAUCGUCGAGCUAACAUGCUCUCGGACCUCCCGGAGAACGAUGAAGGACUGCAUUCGUGGGGCACUAGAUCUGUUCAGAUUUCGAGCGGUUUUGCAGAGGACAUCGGAGCACUGCAGGAAGGUACUUGGAUCGACCCGAGCUGGUUUGGUGGACCUUCGACAGCGAUCCUGCCACCGCGGCCCCCGCCAGUGCCGGUGGUCGACUUGGCAUCGAUCCCGAAACCUCCGCCGGUGGCAGCUACAGCAGCUGCCGUGGAGCCCAUGGGCAAGGCAGAUGGUAUGCCUCCCGUGGUUCUGCCGAAGCCUGCAGAGCUCGUGAAUCCCGGGCCGGAGGCCGCUGCAUGUGCCGCCGAUGACUAUGAGGAUUUUGGGGCCUCGGAGCCCUCGAGCCCAGAGGCAAGCCUAGAGGCAACUUCAGCGGCAUGUGCAGAGCAGAGCGAGAGCGAGGCCUCGAUCACCUCGAGUACGCUGAGACGGCAGUUUCAGCAGAUGAGGCAGCAGAUCGAGAAGGAGGAGCAGGCUGUGCAGGCGAUCGAGAUCAAGACGAUCGAGAUCAAGGCGAUCGAGAUCGAGGCGAUCGAGAUCAAGGCGAUCGAGAUCGAGGCGGCGAUCGAGAUCGAGGCGGCGAUCGAGAUCAAGGCGGCGAUCGAGAUCGAGGCGAUCCCGGAGGCGAUCGAGAUCGAGGCGAUCCCGGAGGCGAUCGAGAUCGAGGAGGAGGAGGAGGGUACGUAUCAGAGCCGUGUACACUAUUGCAAGUUAAUUGAAAAAGAUUGGUCGAUGCGAGCUGGUCGUGGUGAGGAUCUCAGCGAAGGUGAUAUCAUCAUGUGCAAGCUGAUCAAUUGGUGCAGGGGCCUGACCCUAGAUAGCGAUGCCGAGGCUAAGUUUUGCCUCGAGCCGCCAAAGAAGGAGCCGAAGCUGUGGAAAGGUGCUUCGAAGCUGACACCUCCUAGGAGGGUCCGAGAAAAGUCAACCCCGGCGGGGAGCUCGGGGAUCAAGCGAUCUGCUGUAGAUCGUGACGGUGCAUGGGUAUAUGAAGGGCAUGCUCAUGAGAAUCAAAAGAAGAAGAACAAGAAGCAAAAGCAACCCAAGGAGGAGGAGAAAGAGGAGGAGCAUGAUGCAGUGCCAGCAACAAGCAACAAAAAGUCCAAGAAGGCAAAGAAGGAGAAAGCAAAGGAAAAUAAGGCUGCAAAGGUUUCCAUUGAUCAAAUGGACACCCAGGAGUGGGAUGCCGAGGAUACGGGGCCAUGGGCACAGGAGCUCGAAUGGGAUGAUGAGGUGCAGGCCGAAUGGGAGGCAUGGCGAGAGGAAUGCAGGCUCAUCAAGAUCAGUCAGCAGGAGGAAGACGAAGGCGACGUCGAUGGAGAGGCUUGGGAUCCGGAGGACUUCAUUCCUGAGAGCGACUGGUAUCACAUGGUGGUACCUUCAAGUAAGUUGCCACUGUGGGGAGGGUUGAGAAGUGAUUAUGAGUCUUCGCACUCGUCUGAUCAGCUCGAGGAGGUGCCGGAGAAAGUCGCCAAAGAUCCCGUACCGUCAACCGCGAAGGAGGUGCCGGAGAAAGUCGCCGAAGAUCCCGUACCGUCAACCGCGAUGGUCCUGCAUGAAAAGAAGGAUGAGAAGAUCACUUCGGCCACGCACCGCUCAAGCUGGAACAAGCUAUCGCAGCUUGCGGAGAGCGGCGAGUUCCCAUGCCUGGCUUCGGCCUGGUCUACUGCCGAUAGAAAGAAAAAGAACGAGCUACUUCGGAAGUAUGUGCUCUCCAAAGACCCCAAUCAGGUCGAAAGCGAGCUGCAAGUCACGAGUACCCAAGGCACUGGUAGCAGAAAGGUCAGGGUGUGCUUGACCCUCCGCCAGAUGAGAAAGAAGCCGUACUUCUUCCCCAAGGAGAAGUGUGAGUGGAUCGCACAGAACAGAAAAGGCAUCGAGGACGAAGACUUUCCAGGUGGUCCACUAAAGUAUUGGGUCAAUGUCAUGAUGGAAGCCGAAGACUACAAGAAGAACCAGUCCGAAGUCCGAUCCCGCUCCAAUAUGGACAUUCAGGAGGCGAUGCAGGUCCACCUCGCGAACAAGCCUGCUUUCGGCAAGAAGUCUGAUCGCACAGAGACGGUCGAUGAUGACGCUGACAGCGACGAAGAGCAGAAGCCCGAUGCUUUCGAGAAAGCCACAGCAGACAUGCGGUCCGCAUUCCAGAAGCUGCUUCAACAGGUUGCAGCCGGAAGAUCCACGCUGACGGCUUCUGCAGAAGUCUUGGCCCACUUGGAUUCGGAUCUCUUGGGGGGAUUUCCGUCGAGACCUCUUCGAGAUGAUGAGCUUUUCGCAAAAGCCAAAAAGGCGAAGAUGGCGAUCCCCUGCUUGGCUCAGUAUGUCGUCACGCCUGUGCAUGUGCAUGCUGGGCAGAUCGAGUACCAGUCCUGGCCAUAUAUAAGUCCGAUAGAGUGGUUGGAAAAGUUGAUGAUGGACCAUCGAGAUGCCUUAGUACCAAGCCCCAGUGAGAUAAAGGAUUUCUGGAAAACGUGGCUCAAAGACCACCCCCUCGACGAAUUCCACGACGACAGCUGGCCGCUGGAGAGAAUCAUACCGCUACAAUUGUGGGGGGAUGAGGGUACCCUGAGGUCUAACUCUUGGCUCCUGGUGACUUUGCAAUCAGCCCUUGGCCCUCCUGAUGUGCGAAGUCUGUCACAGGCGAGCAGGUACCCUCUUUUCUCUUUCCCCGUGGAAGGUUAUGUGAAAGAUCCCGACACCAAUGUCAACAUGUCGCUGGACAUGUUGUUGGAAAAAAUUUCCUCGGACUUCAACAAGCUGCUUAGCGAGGGCUUCACAACGAAGCAUGGACAUUUUUUUGCCAGGCUAGUAACGCUGAAGGGCGACUGGAAAUGGCUAGUGCAGGCACUGAACCUGGUUAGAUCGCCGAGCUCCGACAUGAUAUGCCCAUUUUGUCAUGCCGGGAAAACGCACAUGCUCUUCACGAAUGUCCGAGAGGAUGCCCCGUGGGCAAACACACUUUUCUCUUCUGCACCUUGGCAGGUGUUCCCUAGUAUAAUGCGGAUCAAGUAUUUUCGCCUGGAGAUGGUUGUCUUCGACCUGAUGCACGUUUGGCAUUUGGGGUGUGGCAGAGAUAUCGCCGGCACGUGCAUUAAGGAGCUCACGAAAGCCAAAAUUUUUGUUGGUAGCAAGAUCGGUGAGAGGCUCCAAUCGGCAUAUCAAUCCUUGAGAUCCUGGGCUCGAGAACACAACAAAACAUUGGCCAUCAAAAGGUUUACGAAGGAGAAUGUGCAUUGGUACAGCGAUGCCUGCCCCGGAAUCCACUGCAAAGCUUCGGACACAGCUGUCAUCAUGGCAUGGUUGGCAUGGCUUUUCCAGAACUUGAAUCAUGACUUGGUGUGGCCACUACCUGAAUUGCGAGAGAUUGUGCAACAUGCCGAGACCUGUAUAGGUACCAUGGUGCGAGCGGGUAGGUAUUUCACCCACAACGAGUGGGUCGACGUCGUAUCCUCGGGUCACUUGUUGGUUAAGCAGUGGUUUCGCUUGGCCAAGCAGGGUGUGGACAGGUCGCUUGUCUUUUUGGCAAAGGUAAGGCCGAAGGGGCAUGCCUUGCAACACAUGAUCCAGUUUCUUGAGCUGUCGGAAUCUCGCGAGAACCCGGCCUUUUACAGCUGCUGGAUGGACGAGGACAGUGCAUGCACUGUAAGCCUGUAG